GCUGUACUUCAGAGUCACGGGCACCGGUUGAAGAUGUUCAAGUCGCUCUUCCGCUGCAUCCGCAGGUUCUUCGGCCGCAUUAAGCCCAAGGGCAAGGAGCAGCUGCAGCGUCCGACCGAGUAUGGUGCCAAUAUUGACAUCGAGGAGGCACUGGCCGAGCAGAUGGAGAUCCAGAGGCGAAGCGGUCGUGUGCUGUCCUCUACUGCCAGUCUCGCUGCUGCAUUGCGUCAGCGUCCACGUGAGAAAAUUCCAGCCUUCUCGACGCAUUUAGGCGAUAAUGAACACCGCGAACCUUCCGACCCGGCCAUUAAGGCUGCGGUAGAGGAGAUGCAGAGUCUAACUCCAGGGUAUAUCGGCCAGACGGGUGAAAAGCCCGAGUCGUUAAUCCCGGAGUCCGUGCCGGAAGAUGGCGAGCCGAAGGAGGAGACUGAGACGAAAGACCAGGAGAAAUCGUCCCCAGCAGCUGAGCGACCAUCGGAGAUGAACCCACGCCGUUCAUCGAUCUUCGACAUGCGGUCAGAGUGGAUCUAA